AUGAAGUACGUGGGUACUCGAGUUAUACGAGGACCUGAUUGGUCAGGUGGAAAUGAAGAUGGUGGUGAAGGAAGUCUUGGCACAGUCAUCAACGCCUAUGAUUCAGUUGGGAAGGUCAAGGUUAUGUGGGAUUUUGGUGGUCAUGGUAUCUAUAAAGCUGGAUCGGAUGGGAAACAUGAGUUAUUGCUAUAUGACAAUGGACCGACAGGUGUGAUUCACACAUCAGUAGUUUGUGAUGGAAAAUGUAAGGACAAAAUGCCUCUAACUGGAAUACGUUGGAAGUGUAGAGAAUGCGAAGACUUCGAUCUUUGUACCAGAUGUUUCAUGGAUCAGACUCAUAAUCAAAACCACAAAUUUCUGAGACAAACAACACCUUCAACUACUGUGUAUAGCACUGGAGAUGGACAUGGUAAUAGAGUAAUAACUUUACAUGGUAUAUUACCUGGUGCUAGUGUUACUAGGGGAGUGGAUUGGGAAAGUGGCAAUGAAGAUGGUGGAAAGAGGAACGAGGGAGUAGUUGAGAAGUUGACAAAAUGGGGUUCAACUUCCUAUGAUGGAUCUGCACUGGUAAAGUGGAGUAAUGGAUUUCGAACCAACUAUAGAGUGGGUGGAGACGGUUGUGUUGAUCUGUUAUGUUUUGGUGAAUCAAGAAAAUAUUUGUGUGUACCAGCAUAUCUACCCGUACUAGGUAAUCCUUGA